GAAAGCAAGAAUGGUUAGAGAUGGAUGGCUCCUACCCACUCAUUCUCUCAAUCAUAAAACAUUAUUAUUAUUAACCAAUUUCUCUCUCUUUCAUCCCUCUCCCACAUUACAACAAAAACACCCACUACCCCUCCUUCCCCACUUCACUUCUCUCACCCCUCUCAGUUUUUUGUACAAUUCUUUAAUUUUAUUAUAUUUUUUCUAAAUACCAUUACUACUCUUUCUUUCUUUCUUUCUUUCUUCUCCACCUUCUUGAUUUUCUCUUAGCUACCUCUCAAUUAUGUCAAUGGACUUGGCUUCCUCCGAACGUGUUUGUUAUGUUCAGUGCAACUUCUGCAACACCAUUUUAGCGGUAAGUGUUCCUUGUAACAGUUUGUUGAACAUUGUGACGGUGAGAUGCGGGCACUGUGCCAAUUUGCUAUCGGUAAACAUGGAAUCUUCACUUCAAACACUGCCUCUUCAAGAUCCUCAGUUGCAGAAGCAACACAUAUACGGUGAAGAUCAUUCAAAUAAGGAAUGUGGGUCGUCUUCGAAAUGCAAUAAGUUAUCUACUUUUGAGUCUACUGAGCGUGAAACACCUAGAACGCCUCCCAUUCGCCCCCCAGAGAAGAGACAACGAGUUCCUUCUGCAUAUAACAGGUUUAUCAAGGAGGAAAUCCAAAGGAUUAAGGCUAGUAAUCCAGACAUCAGCCACAGGGAAGCUUUCAGCACAGCAGCAAAAAAUUGGGCACAUUUUCCUCAUAUUCACUUUGGGCUAAAGCUGGAUGGCAACAAACAAGGAAAAUUGGACCAGGCAUUGACAGAGGGCACUCAGAAGUCUAAUGGAUUCUACUAAAAAGCAAAUGAGAUUAAUUAAUGUCCCCUGUGAGUGUGAGUUGUAGUAAUUUAAGUUAUUUGUAUGUAGAAUUACUGAAGAAGAAUGAUGAGACAGAUGAUGAAGAAGAAGAAGUCACCUAAUAUAACCAAAUAGGAUGACAUAUGUUAAAAAACCUUUUGUGAAGUUGUUAUGUGUGGUGUACGUUCAAUUCCUUUUCUAACACUUAAAGAAGAGAUUUCUAUUCUAGUGAUUGCUGGGUUUAUUAUAAAUGUCAUAAUUUGGGUGUUAUUUUAAGUGAAUAACAUUCUAUAGAGUGACGUGCAUUUGUUUUCA